UAUAAUGUAGGCUAAUGUUCAGGCUUAUCCUACGGUUGAACGUGAACGCGAGACCAUGUUGUAAAUCGAUAUUUGUGUGUGUUGACAUGUAAAGUUGCGGGAAAAAGUUUGAGUUGAGAUAAAUUUCAAAAUGUCUCUUCAAGUGACUGUUAUUGGAGCGGAGAAUGUACCCAAUCCAGAGACUAUUGGAAAAUGUGAUCCAUACGCUGUUAUCGAAUUCCAAGGUCACAAAAAGAAAACAGCUGUUAUAAAAGGGGAUUUAAAUCCAAAGUGGAAUGAGACUUUUGAAUUUGAACUGGUUGGUAAUGGAGUCACAGCAGUUGAUGAGCUGUUUAUCACAGUGUUUGACUGGGAGAGAUUGGGGAGAAACAGGCAACUUGGAACGGCAAAACUACAGUUACGAGAAUUCGUCAAAGGGGGAACUAGAGAACUUACUGUUCAACUUAUUGAUUCAAAUAAAAGACCUGUGCCUGCAGCCAGUAUAAAACUUAAAAUCACCUGCAAUCAACCUGAAUCAGCUAAGCUUGCCGCAGCCCAAGCCAAAACAGAUGAAGCUGGAGCAAAGAUUGUUGACCUGAAUGAUGCAGGAGAUGAGCAAGUGGUUGAAGAAAAUGUGCUUGAUGCAGCAGGGCUACCAAUAGAAACAGUGGAUCCCAUCACUGGAUUGAAGGCUUAUAUCAAAAGGAAAAGAGUCGUACAUGUGCCAAGGAAAUUGCGUUCUCAAGUCUCAACUAAACCUCAAGAUAUCCAGAUCAGAAUAAAAGUUGUACAAGCCAGACAGCUAGCUGGAUCCAACCUUCAACCUGUGGUCAGAGUGUCAGUCAUGAACCAGAUCAAACAGACCCGUAUUAAGAAAUCUACCACCAGCCCAUGGUGGGAUGAAUCUUUCUUCUUCAACUUCCACCUGCCACCAUCUGAAUUAAUUGAUGAAAUUAUUGAUUUUGCUGUAUAUAAUUCUAGGACAUUAAGAUCAGAUGCACUUGUUGGAUCUUUUAAAUGUGAUGUUGGACUGAUCUAUGAUGAACCCAGCCAUUCUCUUGUCAAUAAAUGGGUGUUGCUCAGUGACCCUGAAGAUGCGACAGCAGGAGCUAAGGGAUAUCUUAAGAUCAGUGCCUGUGUUAUGGGACCUGGGGAUGUUUCACCGAACAUGGCAGCUAAGCAAAAUGAUGAAGAUGAAGAUAUUGAGAGCAAUCUGCUUCGUCCAGCUGGUGUACAGCUACGACCAGCUACAUUUCUCUUGCGUCUUUAUCAUGCUGAAGACAUCCCUAGAAUGGACUCUGCAUUCCUGGAGGGAGUGAAAAAAGUAUUGCGUAUUGGAGAAGAACAGAAAGAGCUGGUUGAUCCAUUCUUUAUUUUUGGUUUUGCUGGCAAGGAGGUAAAGUCGAAAAUAAUGUAUGCUAAUGAUCAUCCAGAGUGGAACCAGGAUCUCAAGUUAGGGCUACAGUUCCCAUCUAUGUGUGAAAGAAUGAAGUUCCAGAUAAGAGAUUGGGAUCGACUGAACCAGGACGAUAUUGUAGGAACUGUGUUCCUUCCCAUCAGUCUGAUAUCGUCCAGUGGAGAACAGGGCUAUUUACCAACAUUUGGUCCUUGCUACAUUAACUUCUAUGGUUCCACAAGAGAGUAUUCAGAUCUACCUAAUGACUAUGAAGAUCUCAACCUAGGAAAGGGCGAAGGUGUAGCUUACAGAGGCCGGGCACUAGUUGAGCUUGUAACAAAUUUAGGUGAACUGCCAGAUGUUCCAGUUGAAGACAUCUCAGCUGAUGACAGACUGAGAGUACAGAAAUUCAUGCGAAGGAGAAAAUAUCGUGUCCAUGCAGCAUUUCUUUCAGCUGGCAUGAUCAGCUCUGCCCAUGUUGAUGCUCCAGUUGAGUUUGAAAUUAGCAUUGGUAAUUAUGGCAACAAGCUAGAUGAGAACAUCCCACCUUCAGCAUCCACCACCCAACCCACAAAUCCUGUCUUUGAUGGAUGCCAUUACUAUUUUCUUCCCUGGGGGAAUACAAAACCUUGUGUUGUAGUGGACUGUUCCUGGGAGGACAUUUCAUUCAGAUUAGAAUCCUUGAACAUACUGUUAAAUACUAUUGAAAGACUGACCUCCAACUUGGAAAGAGUUCGGAUUGGAAUUAAAGCCAAACUCCCUAUACCAGAGUUGGCUCAGCUUUUGAUAUCAAUGUUGGACCAACUUAUAGAGGAUUGUGGUAGUCAGUUUUCACCACCAAAAGAUGGCCAACAUGUGUGCAAUGAACUGGACAAAUUGACUGCAAAUUUCCGUAAAGAGACACUCAAAUCUGUAAAAAAAUCUGCAAAGAGUCUUAGAGAGAAUGCCACAGAUUUGGAUGAGGCUUUAUCUGAAGUUGAAAAUUUGCUACAGAUUUUGAAGAACACUGCUGUAGAGCCACAGAACAGCAUGCCUGAUGUGAUCAUAUGGAUGAUUAGUGGACAGAAGAGAAUUGCCUACUACCGGAUCCCAGCAUAUGACCUGCUCUACAAUGACAAUGAGAAUCUGAGAGGAAAACACUGUGGUAAACUCAUCACACUACCCUUGAAGUACCCACAAGUGAAAGACAAAGAUAAGAAAACUGAAUUACCAGCGGUCCUAAGGAUCAAACUUUGGCUGGGGAUGCAAGUACAAGAACAAGCUUGGCAUAAGAUGCAGAGUGAAGGAGAACUUGCUGUCUAUGCUGAAACUUAUGAAAACCAGGUGAAUAUUCUUGGUGCCUGGACAAAUAAAGGACCAACCAUGUCUAGACCUAAAUGGUCAGAUAGUGAAGGAAAGAUUGAGCUGAAUAAAAAUGAAUUUACCCCUCCACCUGGCUGGAAAUGGGAAGGGGACUGGUACAUCAGCCCUGAGCUCAGUAUGCUCUAUGAUAAAGAUGCUGGCCACCACACAUUUCUUGAGGAUACUUAUGAAAACCAGUCUAGAAAUCUUCCUGGCGGGGCUUGGGCUGCUGCCUCAAGACCAUGGACAGAUGUGAAAGGUGAUCCUGCACAAGAAAGAAAUAAAAUUCCAUUACCCAGUGGCUGGAAGUGGGAUGAUGACUGGCAGGCAGAUUUGAACAGAGCUGUUGAUGAAGAUGGAUGGGAGUAUUGUGUGGAGGCAACAGUAGGGGGUUAUGGCCCUGUUGAAAAGACCUAUCAUUUAUGCCGUAGGCGGCGCUGGGUCAGACACAGAACACUGGUCAAAGAAGUUGCUCAUGCAAAACAGAAGCUGGAAAAGAAACAGCAGGAAGGCUGGGAAUAUUCUGCAUUGUUCAACAUGAAGUUUCAUGCUGAGGAGAGAACCAUGGACCUUGUCAGGCGACGGCGUUGGCAUCGCAAGAUGGUCUCUACCAGCUCUGAUGGAACAUGUUUCUUCAAUGUCCAACAUGAGGGUACAGAACAAGAAAAAGAAAUGGUUAAUUUAGCAACAAUGGCUGCACCAAGGAUGUUCCUUGCCUUUAAAACCCCACACAAGUACCAGCUUCGAGCUUAUGUAUAUCAAGCCAGAGAUUUACUUGCUGCUGAUGAUUCCGGACUUUCAGAUCCGUUUGCCAGAGUCUGUUUUAUCACACAAAGUAUGGUGACAGAAAAGCAAGCUAAGACAUUGAGCCCAACCUGGGACCAGACAUUGAUAUUUGGGGAGGUGGAGAUUUAUGGGGAUCCUAAGGGACUAGAGAUGGCACCACCAGAGAUUUACAUUGAACUGUUUGAUCAUGAUACCUUUGGUAAACCAGAAUUUUUGGGGAGAACAACUGCCUUGCCAAUGGUAAAACUAGAUCCAUCUGAUGCACGAACACCAGUGUUACAGUGGUAUGAAAUCAACAGACACAGUCAGAGUGGAGGAGAACUCUUGGCAGCAUUUGAGCUUAUCAUGAUUCCUGAUGACAUAGAUGAGAUUUCUGAUGUUUCUUCUGAUGUAGAUAAGAUUUCUGAUGUUUCUUCUGAUAUAACAGGAAAAGACUUGCCUUUUCUACCACCUAAACGAGGAAACAUUUAUAUUGUACCCAAUGGAAUAAGACCAGUUAUGCAACGAACAGGAAUUGAGGUUUUAUGCUGGGGUGUGAGAAACAUGAAAAAAUUUCAACUCUCUGCUGUCACUUCACCUAGUGCCAGAUUUGAGUGUGGUGGAUAUGUCAAAGAUUCUGUAGUCAUCAAGGAUACUAGACGCAAUCCUAAUUUUUCAGAAAAUUUGUUAUUUUUUGAUGUGAUGUUACCCAGGGAAGAACUUUAUAUGCCACCAAUGAGCAUUAGAGUGAAAGACCACAGACAGUUUGGUCGCAAGCCAACUGUUGGUGUCCACAUGCUCAAGUCUCUAGAAGAUUUUCGAUGUGACCCACUUGAACCAAUGGUCCCUGUAGCUAAUGAAUUACCUCCAGCCACGAACGGGUCUAAUGAACUCAUACCAACAACAAUCAUACCACAAGACUUAGCCUUGACAACAGCACUUACAGGCGGCGGGUCACCUACCAGUGAUACAGUCAUUACAAUGCCGGAUGGUACAGAAAUUUCAGAAAAGCCCCUAAGGAAGUCGCAUGAAUUAGUAGUUGUUGAAGAACCCUUUAGUCCACCACCAGUGAUUCUGUCCAGUGAUAGUCUCAACACCAAUAACUCAGCUAAAAUGCUGCCUAGUUUCAAAAUACCAGGAAAGCUAAGCAAGAAAAUACCAAAGUUACCAAAGGCAAGAGAGGUGAAAGAAUAUAUUUUGAACACAUUUAUUUUCUUAUUGCCCAAACCAAUUAGACUGAGAAGAGAGAGAGCACUAGCUAGGAAACGAUUUCGUGAAUUACGGAGUAUGGAGGAAUCUGAACUGACCCUAAUGGAGAUUGACUGGUGGUCCAAAUAUUAUGCAUCAACAAAUGAUUUGGAGAAAUGCAAGAAGUAUAGACUACUAAAUUAUGACACAUUAGAGGUUCUGCCAUCUGAGUUAGAAAAAUGUGAGAUCUACAAAGGAUUUAAUGAUUUCUGUCAUACACUGCCACUAUCCAGAGGAAAAAAUGAAGAUGAUGAGGAUGAUAAUGUUAUUGGAGAGUUCAAAGGAUCUUUCAGGGUGUACCCUUUACCCCAAGACCCUGCGGAGCAGCUACCACCUCGUAUUUUUCAGUCUCUACCACCCAGUGACCCUGAAGAAUGUAUUGUUAGAGUUUAUGUCAUCAAAGCUGUUGAUCUACAGCCCAAUGAUCCCAAUGGUCUGGCUGACCCAUAUGUGGAAGUAGAGCUAGGCAAAACAAAGAUGAAUACAAGAGAUAAUUAUGUGCCAAACUCAAUCAAUCCAAGCUUUGGAAGGCUAUUUGAAUUGAAGGCGUUAAUACCAAUCAACAAGGAUCUGACCGUCAGGGUCAAAGACUAUGACCUGUUGAGUACUGAUGAUACCAUUGGUGAAACAACUAUCGAUCUUGAAAAUAGAUACCUUACAAAACAUAGAGCUAUUUGUGGAUUACCUAAAAGUUAUUGGUUAUCUGGUGUCAAUCUUUGGAGAGAUAGUCAGAAGCCAGUAGAAAUUUUACAAGAGUACUGUCGAAGAAAUCGCUUGGAAGGACCUGUUUUCUUAGAAACUACAACAGUCAAGGUUGGAGACAAAACAUAUAAAUUGUCAGACUUUGAGAAAGUUCCACCUUUUAACAAGCACGUUGGACCUGAGGAACAGCGUUUGGCAUUACAUGUUCUGAACCUGUUCCCCUUGGUCAAGGAGCAUGUUGAAUCUAGACCCAUUUUUAACCCCCUACAGCCUAACAUAGAGCAGGGUCGACUUCAUAUGUGGGUUGACAUCUUUCCUUCAUCCCUAGGACCUCCAGGGCCACCUUUUGACAUUUCUCCAAGAAAGCCUGCACAAUAUGUUCUUCGAAUAAUUAUUUGGAAUACCAAAGAUGUUAUCUUAGAAGAAGAAUCAAUAACAGGAGAGAAAAUGAGUGACAUUUAUGUGCAGUCUUGGAUGGCUGGCAUAGAUGAAAAACAGAAGACAGAUGUACAUUACAGGUCUCUAGAUGGGGAAGGUAAUUUUAACUGGAGGAUGGCAUUUCCAUUUGAAUAUCAAGUUGCUGAACAAACAAUGAUUGUCAGGAAAAAGGAACAUUUCUGGAGUCUUGAUACAACAGAAAUUAGAACAAUUCCCAAGCUGAUCACACAGAUUUGGGACAAUGACAAGUUCUCAAAGGAUGAUUUUAUUGGUCAUCUUGAGCUGAAUCUUAAUGCCAUGCCUUUACCUGCCAAACGGGCCAGGAACUGCACAUUAAAAAUGUUGCCAGAUGUGGGGAAAGAUGUCAAACUUGUAUCACUCUUUGAAAUGAAACACAUGAAAGGAUUUUGGCCCUGUUAUGAUGAUGCCUCUGGUACUCGGGUGCUCAGUGGCAAAGUAGAAAUGGAACUAGAGUUACUUACAGCAGCCCAGGCUGAAGAGAGACCUGCUGGUCUUGGCAGAGAUGAACCCAACGCACACCCUAAGCUUGACAUGCCAAAGCGACCUGAUACAUCAUUCCUGUGGUUCACCUCUCCAUGGAAGACGUUUAAACAUAUAAUCUGGCGUAACUAUGGCUGUUAUCUGAUAUGGAUGUUGGUGAUCUUUUUGAUCAUCCUCCUAUUUGCCCUCUUCAUCUAUUCGUUCCCUGAACAACUAUCAAGAUGGAUGGUGGGAAAUUAGUAAAGUUCCUGAUAGAACCAUAGUUACAGAUUACAUGUGUUUUCCCAGCCUGGAUUUGUCAUUUUAAUCAAUGUGCAUCAAUUAAUUUGUGGCUUUUUAAUCAGUAACUAUAAUCUGAGCUAAAGCUCAGAAAAUACCUUUGAUAGUUAGUCAUUGUGUAUUCUAACGAGAAAUUUGUUCUUAAUCUAUUAUUCGCCAGUGGUAAAGCAUACACUGGAACUACUUAAACAUAGAUUGUUAGAAAAUUUUUAUUUUGCAUCAGCAGUGAA